AUUUAACAAGGUUUUAUGUUUACUUUUAUAUUUCAAAUAUUUCCCAUAAUUAUUUACCAAUGUUUUUACUCUAAAUGACCGAAAGUUUAUAAAACAUUGUCCUUUUUAUAUUUCAGUACAACUGAGAAUAUAAAAUUUGCCAUUGGUCAAGCAUUUCAGUUGCGAGCCGAACUAAAUGCUAGAGAUGACAAAGUCAAGUCAUAUUUAGAAGAAGGUAAAAGACUGAAAGCUUCAUUCAAACAACAUUUGAUGCAAUAUGAUAAGUCAAGUUAUGAAAAGUGCCAUCAGCCAUACGAAAUGUCCCAGUUAUAUUCGAAAAUAGAAAUGAGAAAACAACAUGGAACUAAUAAUCCAACUGAUGAAAUACAAAUUUGUAAGAUCAGUGAACAGCGGAAAAAGUUACGGAAUAAUACCUUACAAAAUGUGAAUAUUACUGACAAGGAUUGUAUUAUAGAAAAAGCUGAACAACACAGUCGAAUCGCAACAGUUAGAUCAAUUUCCUCUGAUCCUCACCUUGAAUCUAUGAGGUUAAAUGCAAAUUACAGUCAAAUGUCAGAUUCAUCAUCUAUGGCAUUAAAUCAACUGGAUUUACAAAAUGAGAGUGAUAUGAGCAAUGAAGAAGACCAAAUAAUAACAGAUCUUCAGUUACGUAUGACACGAUUAGUAACAUCAUGGUAUAAUUUGCACAAGAAAUGGCAUCAAAUAUAUGAACGACUAGAAUUACAACUUAGUAUUAAUGAAUUUGCAAGUGUCGCAGAUUCUUUGGAACAUUGGCUGGUACUUCAUUCAGCAGAAGUGGAAUGUUUAGAUAUGGGUGAUUCUAUCAAGGAAACACAAAUAUUAAUUGAUCGAUUAAAUGUCUUGGAACGGAAUACUUUGCCACAAAUCAGCAGAUAUGAAAAAGUUAAACAACUUACAAAGUUUGAACUCGCUGAGAUCGAAGAAAAUAUGCUGAAUGUGCCAAUAAGCUGUGUGAAUAUUGUUCACAGUCCAGAUCUAGAAAAUAUACAAACACUUUUAAAUUACUAUGAAUUGAACGAAACAGAUGCAUCAAAUGAUUUUGAUGAUUCUAAGCAGAAUGUCGACACAAUGACAGAUGAGAAUUUAAAGGAUACUACUGAUUCACCUGAAGUUAGUUGGGAGGUGGCAGAAG